UAGAGAUCAGAUGAAAAAAAUAGAAAUUAUAUAUUUGUUUUUAAGAAAUUCCCUGAAAUAAAAAGCGCAACGCAUUUUAUUUUUGGAUGAAGAAAGACGCAGAGCUGCGGCGUCUGGAGGGUUAACUUUUCUCAGCCUAAAAGGGUUUUGGGGGGCUAUGAGAUAAAGAUGCCGGGGUCGCUGAGUAAUGAAGACGAGGGACCGGACGACAUGGAUUUUGAAGACGAUAUGCCAGAUGAGGACGACGAGGCACGACGCAACAUUGUCCCUCUCACUCCCCUCACCAGCUUCUUCUCUGAUGAUGAUUCCCUCAAACAACAGAAGCCCAAGAAGACCAAAAAGAUGAAAGAGGGCAAAACGCCUAAGGUUAAAAAGAGAAAGAAGGAGACAGGCUUGCUUCCAAGAGUGGACAGUGACUUGGAGGAGCCCUCUGAGGUGGAGGAGGACAGAGGACGUCCUGAAGUGGGCUAUGAGAGUGAGAACAGUAUGUAUGAGGGCAAAAAGAAGAAAAAAAAACCCAGGGAGAAGAAGGAGAAGAAGCCCCGAAAGAAGAAGAGAGAUGAUGAGGAGGAUGAUGAUGACGAUGAUGAUGGAACGACAAAGGAGCCCAAAUCCUCCAGUCAGCUGAUGCAGGAGUGGGGUCUUGAAGACGUCCAGUAUGGCUUCACUGAAGACGAUUACAAAACCAUAACUAACUACAAGGCAUUCAGCCAGUUCCUCAGGCCGCUCAUUGCCAAGAAGAACCCCAAGAUUCCCAUGUCAAAGAUGAUGACAGUGUUAGGGGCCAAGUGGCGGGAGUUCAGUGCCAACAACCCGUUCAAAGGUGCAUCUGCCACUGCUGUGGCGGCCGCUGUGGCUGCUGCUGUGGAGACAGUCACUGUGGCUCAGCCAAUAUCAGUGAGCUGCAGCCAGCCCAGCGCUCAGCCGGGACCACUCAAAAAAGCCAAAACCAAAGAGGGGAAGGGACCUGGAGCCAGAAAGAAAAGCAAAGCAGCAAAGGACGUGAAGAAAAAAUCCAAGGCGAAAAAGACCAAAUCAAAGUCAGGCCAAAGUGGGAAGAAGAAGAAAGCAUCCUCGAGUGAGGAGGACUUCUUAGAGGAGUCUGACUUUGAUGACAUCAGCAUCCACAGUACCUCAUUGCUCUCUGAUAUAACGGGGGCCACAACCACCAAGAAGAAGUCUCGGCGUGGGAGGAAAAAGAGGAAAAAAGAGGAUGGGGAUGGCUAUGAGACAGACCAUCAGGACUACUGUGAAGUGUGCCAACAGGGUGGUGAGAUAAUCCUGUGUGACACCUGCCCCAGAGCGUACCACCUUGUCUGUCUGGAUCCUGAGCUGGAGAAGGCCCCUGAGGGCAAAUGGAGCUGUCCCCACUGUGAGAAAGAAGGGAUCCAGUGGGAGGCCAAAGAUGAUGAUGAGGAUGAAGAAGAGCCCGCAGGGGAGGAAGAGGAUGACCACAUGGAGUUUUGCAGAGUGUGUAAAGACGGAGGAGAGCUGCUUUGUUGUGACACAUGCCCUUCUUCCUACCACAUCCACUGCCUCAACCCCCCUUUACCAGAGAUACCUAAUGGAGAGUGGUUGUGUCCGCGAUGCAUGUGCCCGCCUCUAAAGGGAAAGGUGCAGAAGAUUUUGCACUGGACAUGGGGAGACCCUCCUCUGCCAGCUGAGCAGCCCCCCGGAGCUGAUGGGAAGCCCAUCGAUCCUCUGAUCAAGCCCCCACUGAAGGGUCACCCAGAGAGGGAGUUCUUUGUGAAGUGGGCCGCCCUCUCCUACUGGCACUGCUCCUGGGUCAGCGAGCUGCAGUUGGAGUUGUACCAUACGGUCAUGUACAGAAACUACCAGAGAAAGAAUGACAUGGAUGAGCCCCCUCCGUACGAUUACGGCUCUGGGGAGGAGGAACUGAACAGUGAGAAGAGGAAGAGCAAAGAUCCUGAGUACGCCGUGAUGGAGGAGCGCUUUUAUCGCUAUGGCAUCAAACCUGAAUGGAUGGUCAUUCACCGCAUACUCAACCACAGUUUUGAUAAGGAUGGAGAUGUGCAUUAUCUAAUCAAGUGGAGAGACCUUCCAUAUGACCAGUGCACAUGGGAGGCAGAUGAUUUUGAAAUCCCUGAAUAUGACAGCCAUAAAACUCUAUACUGGGACCACAGGGAACAAAUAUUAGGGGAAGACCAACGCCCUCUGGUGGUGAGGAAAGAGAAGAAACCCAGUAUGGACCGUUCAAAGAGAGAGAAGCCCCCUGAUACACCUAUUAUAGAUCCAACAAUAAAGUUUGAUCACCAGCCGUGGUACAUCAAUGCUACAGGAGGAACGCUGCAUCCGUAUCAGCUGGAGGGACUGAACUGGCUGAGAUUCUCAUGGGCUCAGGGCACUGAUACCAUCUUAGCAGAUGAGAUGGGUCUAGGCAAAACUGUACAGACAAUUGUCUUUCUAUACUCUCUUUAUAAAGAGGGCCACUCAAAGGGACCUUUCCUUGUAAGUGCCCCUCUCUCCACUAUCAUUAACUGGGAGAGAGAGUUUGAGAUGUGGGCUCCAGAUUUCUAUGUGGUGACUUAUACUGGAGACAAGGACAGCAGAGCCAUCAUCAGGGAGAAUGAGUUUACUUUUGAAGAUAAUGCUAUAAAACAAGGACGCAAAGUGUUUCGAAUGAAGAAAGAUACCCCCAUUAAAUUCCACGUGCUGCUCACAUCCUAUGAGUUAAUCACCAUAGAUCAGGCAAUCCUUGGCUCAGUUAGUUGGGCCUGUUUGGUGGUAGAUGAGGCCCACAGACUCAAGAACAACCAGUCAAAGUUUUUCAGGAUUCUGAAUGGGUAUAAGAUCUACUACAAGUUGCUGCUCACUGGAACCCCUCUACAGAACAACCUGGAAGAGCUUUUCCACUUACUAAACUUCCUCACUCCAGAGCGCUUCAAUAACCUGGAGGGCUUCCUGGAGGAAUUUGCUGACAUUUCAAAAGAAGACCAGAUUAAGAAGCUCCAUGACCUGCUCGGGCCUCACAUGCUGCGGAGACUAAAAGCCGAUGUUUUUAAGAACAUGCCGGCAAAGACAGAGCUCAUCGUCCGAGUGGAGCUGAGCCCCAUGCAGAAGAAAUAUUACAAGUUCAUUUUGACGAGAAACUUUGAGGCUCUGAACUCUAAAGGAGGUGGAAACCAAGUGUCAUUACUCAAUAUUAUGAUGGAUCUGAAGAAGUGCUGCAACCAUCCUUAUCUGUUCCCAGUGGCGGCUGGGGAGGCCCCAGUUUUACCCAAUGGAUCAUAUGACGGAAAUCUGUUGGUGAAGUCCUCAGGAAAACUGACUCUGCUUCAGAAAAUGCUCAAGAAACUGAAAGAUGAAGGCCACAGAGUUCUUAUUUUCUCUCAGAUGACAAAGAUGCUGGAUCUGCUUGAGGACUUCCUGGAGUAUGAGGGUUAUAAAUAUGAGCGCAUUGAUGGUGCAAUCACUGGAGGACUGAGACAGGAGGCCAUAGACCGAUUUAAUGCGCCUGGAGCUCAACAGUUUUGCUUCCUCUUGUCAACGCGAGCUGGAGGUCUGGGGAUCAACCUGGCCAGCGCAGACACAGUUAUUAUUUAUGACUCAGACUGGAAUCCUCACAAUGAUAUACAAGCUUUUAGCAGAGCCCACCGUAUUGGCCAAAACAAAAAGGUUAUGAUCUACCGAUUUGUGACGCGUGGCUCGGUGGAGGAGCGUAUCACUCAAGUGGCCAAGAGGAAAAUGAUGCUGACUCACCUAGUGGUCCGCCCCGGUCUGGGGUCUAAAACAGGAUCUAUGUCCAAACAAGAACUGGAUGACAUCCUCAAGUUUGGCACUGAGGAGUUGUUUAAAAAUGAAAUGGAGGCAGUAGGUGAAAACAAGGAUGGUGAAGAAUGUAAUGUGAUUCAUUAUGACGAUGACGCCAUCUCCAAACUGUUGGAUCGAAGCCAAGAUGCAACUGAAGACACAGAAAUCCAGAACAUGAAUGAGUAUCUGAGCUCGUUUAAGGUAGCCCAGUACGUGGUGAAAGAGGAGGAUGGAGAGGAGGAGGUUGAGCGGGAGAUCAUAAAGCAGGAGGAGAAUGUGGAUCCAGAUUAUUGGGAGAAACUUUUGCGUCACCACUACGAGCAGCAACAGGAAGACCUGGCCCGCAACCUGGGCAAGGGCAAACGCAUCCGAAAACAGGUCAACUACAACGAUACUACUCAGGAGGACCAAGUGGUUUGUUUAGCUGCGUUUCAAGAGUGGCAAGAUGAUCUUUCAGACAAUCAGUCGGAGUACUCUGUGGGGUCCGAGGAUGAGGACGAAGACUUUGAGGAGAGACCUGAAGGUGGACGGAGACAGUCCAGACGACAGCUCAGGGGUGACAAAGACAAACCUCUGCCUCCACUACUGGCACGGGUUGGGGGCAGUAUUGAGGUACUUGGGUUCAAUGCUCGCCAGAGAAAGGCCUUCCUCAAUGCCAUCAUGCGCUGGGGCAUGCCUCCUCAAGACGCCUUCAACUCUCACUGGCUGGUUCGGGACCUGAAGGGGAAGAGCGAGCGAGAGUUCAGGGCCUAUGUGUCUCUUUUCAUGAGACAUCUGUGUGAACCAGGAGCAGAUGGAGCAGAGACUUUUGCCGAUGGGGUCCCGCGAGAGGGACUGUCCCGUCAGCAUGUCCUUACUAGGAUCGGUGUCAUGUCUCUGGUUAGGAAGAAGGUUCAGGAGUUUGAGCAUGUAAAUGGUAAACUGAGCUCUCCAGAUCUGAUUCCUAUUGGGAUGGAGCUGAAGAAGCUAACUGAGAGUGUAUCAUCAGAUCCUAACACCCCUGUCCAAGCCAGCCCAGUCACCACACAACCCAGUACUCCUGUCCCACCAGAGAAACCAGAAUCUCUCAUAGGAACAGCAGAGGACAAGGACAGUCCGGAGCAGGAGAGCAAAAAGCUGUCAGACCAGGAAACUCCCAGCUCUGAGACAGCACCAGCAGCUGCGCCCGAGAAGUCGGCUGACAGCGAAGAGGCCAAGGCCGGCCCAGAGGAGAAACCAGGAGAUGAGAGGGACCCUGCCCAGUCGCCCUGUGCUAAGACCGAAUCAUCUGCCAACCUCAAAGAGUCUGGUUUGAAGCAGACUGAGCUGUCAUCCAGUCAAACUUCGCCUAAAGUGGACACCGGCAAGGAAACAGAGAAGACUACGGAGAAAGGAGAGUCUUAUUCCCCUCUGGCGAAAAGUGAAGACAAGGAAAAUAAGACAGCUGCAGCUGAUGUUGUGAAAAGUGAAGAUGUUUCAGAGGGACGUAUAAAUGGAGACAUGCUGGACGAGAUGGAGGAGAGCAGGAGAGGACCAGAGGACAAGAACGGAUACAAGACCAAGUUCAUGUUCAAUAUAGCUGAUGGUGGUUUUACAGAGUUACACACCCUCUGGCAGACCGAGGAACGAGCUGCGCUGUCUUCUGGAAAAAUGCAUGACAUCUGGCACCGUCGCCAUGACUACUGGUUGCUGGCUGGCAUUGUAACACAUGGAUACGCCCGCUGGCAAGACAUCCAGAAUGACCCUCGUUAUGCAAUUUUGAAUGAGCCUUUCAAGACGGAGAUGCAUAAAGGCAACUACCUAGAGAUGAAGAACAAGUUUCUGGCGCGUCGUUUUAAGUUACUGGAGCAGGCGUUGGUAAUUGAGGAGCAGCUGAGGAGAGCAGCGUACCUGAAUAUGACCCAGGACCCCAGUCACCCAGCCAUGGCCUUAAACACACGCUUCGCUGAGGUGGAGUGCCUGGCAGAGUCCCACCAACAUCUGUCCAAAGAGUCUCUAGCUGGGAACAAGCCUGCCAACGCAGUGCUGCACAAAGUGUUGAACCAGUUGGAGGAGCUUCUGAGUGACAUGAAGGCUGAUGUAACCCGACUGCCCAACAUGCUGUCCAGGAUCCCCCCAGUGUCGGCGCGGCUGCAGAUGUCCGAGAGGAGCAUCCUGAGCCGCCUCACCAGUCGGGGCACUGAGCCUCCCCCUCAGCAGCCCUUUGGUCAAGGGGGGUUCGGCUGCUCCCAGAUGUAUAGCAGCAGCUUCGGAGGAUUCAGAGGGCCCGGAGGUCAGUCCAUGGUCAACUACAGCCAGAUGCCUCUGGGACCUUAUGUCAGUGUGUCAUCAAAUGGCCCCCCUCCGAGUCUUCUGGACAAGAAGUCCCUUGAGUCUCUGAGAGAUGUGGCCACGCCUGAUCUGAAGUCGGGCAAACCCAGUGAUGUCAUCUGCAUUGAGGAUUAGACUGUUUGUUUCUCUUCACUGACCAGUGGUCAGACAUCCAGGGACGGUAUUUGCAGAGGUGACUUUCUCCUCUUGCCACAUUGAACUCUUUCUCUUGUUCUUACUUAACUUUGAAAAUAAUCAAGCUAAUGAGAAAGAGGUCAUUAUCUUUUGGAUCAAUGCAGAUGUAUCUAUUAUAACAAUUGCACUUUUAUCUUUUAAGGAUCCAAUGUAAGUAUGUCAAUCAAUAUUAGCUUUUGCUAACUUGUGCCAGUGAGCUGAUGAGUAAAUGAAGCAGCAGCGUUUGAGUGACUGACGAUAAACUACUGCUGUUUUUGUGUUUAUCUCAAAUGUGUAAUUUAUUUCCUGUGAUAUCUUAACUCUGCUCACAUUUUCACAUUUGUCCAUGAGCCUCCUCACUGUGCACUCUGACUGUGCCCGAGUGGAGCCUGUUCCUUAUGAAGGUACUUUUACUACAGUCAUAUCAAGAUAUGAGAGUUUUAUUUUGGACCAACAGUUUUACUUACAAAUAGUGUGUGUCUUUAGACAUUCACAUUGUACUGCUCUGUGACGUUGCCAUGUGAAAUUUCAAGGAUAUUCUCAGACUCUGGUUUCAGUACAUGUGGACUAUAGAGGUGACUGAUUAUUUACAUAUUGUACAAACAUUCAAUUGUGAUUUCUUCAUGUUUGAAUGUUAUUAGUGGUAAAUUUAACUGCAGACCUAUAAACCAGGGACUAAACAAAAACAGGGACUCUGAUUGACCAAACAUGCAUUAACAUGAAACUGUGUGAUUUCUUAUUAUAAAAAUAGACCAUAUUAAUCAGUGUACAGAUUAACCCUAACCCUAAGGAUAUAUAUAAAAGGAGACAAAUUAUGCAAAUACACCUGCAAGAGAUUUUAACCAUGCAUUCAUUAUAUUCCCUUCUCUCAGCAUUGUUUUAGAGUAAUUCAUGCAUGUUCGUGUAAUUUUUAUCUUUCUGUAAUCAAAAGCCAUUGCUCUGAAAAUUCAUAUUUUCCCCUACCCCUUAUACAGGCCAACUGCUCUUUACUUACUUUGUUCUCCAAUUAUUAUUAUUAUUUUUUGUUAAUCUGUGAUUCAGCAGUGUUGCUUAGCCAUUUUGGCAAUGUGGUGAACCGAAGCUCUCCAUAAACGGGGCCGUUAGCAUAGUCCGACAGCGCAACACUUUGUUGUAAUGAUGUUUACAUUGAUGUACCAUAAAGGGCCAAGAAGAAAUCAGUGCUACAGUUUUCCCCUGUAAAUCAGCUGACUUGAUUCUUUUACUGAGUCAUUUUAGAUCAACGUUACUAUUUAAUAUAUCCAAAAUAUAAAAUAAUAAUCCACUGGUUCCAUUGAUUAUGACAAAAAGCAUAAUAUGUCUUCUUUAAGGGUGAUGUCUGACACAAACCAUAUCUUUAUGGUUGGUCUGAAAUGUAUCAUUGGUAUUUUUAAUUGUAGAGUACAGGCAAUAUUAAACAUAUGAAGAAGAUUGCUGCUUUACCUGCAGACAGAUUAGCACUGUCUAGGUACUUUUAAUCUUGUCCUAAAAUCUGACAAAAUCUGAUAAAAUCUAUACAAUCAGUCUUUUUAGAGCAUGAUUUUAUUUGCAAAGGCCAGCUCUGCUAUUGCAUCCACAAUAGUUUUACCUUGCUGAAUGAUUGUUUAGAUCACUCUUAUGUGGGUCUGUUGCUCUGGUGGUAAGUGCAUUCUCUUAUACUUAAUGCCAUUGAAUGUUUGUCUCGCGGUGCUCUUGUCAUUUCCAAUAUAGAGUUUUUAAGGUAUCCUCAAACUGAAAACAAGAUGAGGCAUAUAUUUUCUUUGUUAGUGUUUAGACAUGCUGUAGUUGAUACUGUUUCUGUAGGAGCCAUCUACUUGAAAAUGAAGGUUGUAAUGAAGGUUGCUUAACAGAUAAAACCUCAGAAACAUGUAAAUACUUGAAGGACUUUUUCAAGAUCUCUUAUAGAGCUGAAUGUUUGGAUGAUGUUGCCAUAGAACUACCGUGUGCACUGUAUGUGCCAUCAAUGUCAUGUCCUUUCCCCUACGGAGUGAUGACAAUGAGAAGAAUUACUACAAAACAUGAGAUGCAAUCAAACUGAAGUCAGUAUGAAUGUAAUUUCUGUGAGAAAAGACUUCAGUCUAAUGUGUUAUUAUCAAUGUAUGUACAGGUAUGUGCUUAUUCUGUGGCUUCUAAAGCCACCAAAAGAACCUGGUAAAGGCACCUUAGUUGCUGUCCAGCACAUGAACAGAGGCUGGUGUUUUAGCAUCUACAGACAGACAGCUCCAAAUAUUCUGGUUCAGAUAUUUGUGCUGUUUAGCAAAUGAAUGAAAAAGUCAUCUUUUUAUUUGUAUUAUGUGUAUUUGCUCAAUGUGUUUUAAUAAAUCUUCUUGAUGACAGUAA